CAAAAGUCGGGGAUUAGUUAGCGUCACUUUUAAUUCAACCAAACGAUAAGCCGGAUUACCAACGCGAGGGAGGACGAUAACAACAACGUCAAAAGGGACACCUCAAACGUUUCAAAGUCCCUUAUAUUGCUAAAAACAGGAUCAGUAUACCGGAAAUGCACGGCCCCUCUGCAAAGACGCAAGAAGGAGACUCAAAUGGGGUUGUACAAAGUAAUUGUCAUCGCAAAAAAGGGGACCAUCCCUUCUGGAACAUCCCCAGGGGGAAAAACAAAUGUGAAAGCGGGGAAAUGAGCUGAGGAAUGCGGAAACACCCCUCGAUGAUUGUUUAGCCCCUGCGCCAAUCUUGUAUAUAGUUGUCGUCGCCCAAAGGCUAAUGAUACAGGAGAAUGAACAUAUUUGAUUGGAAAAGAAAAGAAAAACUGGCCGAGUUCGAGACUGAUCCCCAUUAUUUCUGAAUAUUAAUCGUUUUGUUUGCACUUUUCCAAGCCCAAGAAGCUGCGAUGGAGAAGAACGGACAGUUCACGCAAGAUCAUGAUAUUGCCGCGUCAGAUGCAUUGGAGACUUCAACGAUUAGCUCCAAUGAUAGACUCGUUCUUGACUUCCGUCCGCAUCGCGUACCAAGCGCACGCUCAACGAGGCCCAUGUCCUGGUACGCUGGUCGAAUGAGCGCACAUCCAGGAGGAUUUCUUCACAGAAGGGAGAGUUUGAAGUCUGUAUGGCCGAAAAAAGUCCUCACUGCCCUCCGAAAGACCGACAAGGAACCAGCAGCAGAUCCCCAAUCACCGCCCAUGACACCAGUAUUCAAAAGUGCUUUCGCGAGCCCAACUUCGUUUUCUGGCCUGGAAACGCUCCCGGCAAAGGUCCUGGGUCGAAUAUGCGGUCUUCUUCCACCAGCAGAGAAUAUCGCUCUCAAGUCCACAUGUAGGCUUCUUCAAGCGGGUAUAGGUGAUGUUGGUUAUAAUCAGCUCGACUUUUGCGCAAAGUUCGCCGUCGCACGACUGUUCGAGCAUGACACGGGGCCAUUGGAGCUGGACUCCAUUGACGAUUCCGGGAAGAAAACGCAAACAAAAAUGUAUCUGUGCAUGCUCUGUAAAACAAGACAUGCGGCAGAUCGAUUCGAAUCCAAGUCGCAUUUCGCGAGUGGGGCCACUAAGGGUAUGCUCCAGGAAAGAGCAGCGUCGAGGUUCUGCUGUCUAAACAUGCCUCGAGUUAUUGUGCUUGAUGACCGUAAAACAAAUAUCACUGAUGGUCCCGGUCCUAUCCCUAUGCUUACAGGCUGCAAGACAUGGAUCUCGACUAGAGAGCCCAUGUGCAUGCACUGCGGAAAGUUGUUAGGCUCUGGGACUGGAUCUCCGCUAGAGGGACACUCUCGCCGAGAGACAUUUGACUCGAACAAGCUGGAAACACUUUGGGAGACGGAUGCACACAGCGAGAAAGAAGAAUCUCCUGUUGAAAAUUCAUGCUGUUCGUGCGAGAGCUGCGGUGUGCAUAUGGUACGAAUAUACCGUCGGCUUGGACCUCGAGCAGAGGAGAUCAAGAUUUCAUUCCAACGCGCCGCAGACGGGUCACUAUUCAUAACUGAAACCGAAGGUGCCAGAGCACCAAUAAAUUUGCCUGUGUGUUACCGAUGAAUUACUGGGUGCGAGCGGCGUCAAAUGUGGUUUUAAUGACAGAGGUUACUCUAUGGCAUUCAAUCAGAGCAGUCCAUGAUUAUACUCCUUGACAGAUAGUAAUAGAUUCUUCUCAAAGGUCCCGUAUCUCCAAUACAGGUGCUAAUCAAUGCCUUUUAAUUUUUUAAUUCAAAUGACCUAAA